GCGCCCCGGGCCGCGGCUGUCGCCCGAGAGGGGCGGCCAGGACGCUGUCAUGCAGGAUCCUACCCCGGAAAGCGCCGAGGAGAGCCAGGCGGCGUCAACGGCGGAGGGCGGCGGGGCCUCCUGUCUGCAGAGGGUAUUCGAGGAGGCGCGGGAGUCGUCGCAGCUGAGCGCGGUCCCCGCGGAGCCGCCGGCCGUGACGGUGGUGGCGGUGGAGCGGUACCUGGCGCAGGCGCCGCCCGCCGCCCGCUCUCACUACUGGUACGACCUGACGCUGGCGGACAGCGCGCGCCGGCACCGCUGCCACCUCGCGCCGCGCUUCAACGGGCUCGUGCAGCGCGCGCGCCUGCGGCCGGGAACGCGCGUCCGCCUCACCCGCUGCUCGUACCGCUACGACGAGAAGCGCCUGAACCACGGCUUUCUGUGCCUCGAGGGGCUGGAGCGGGCGGGSGACGGCGACACCGCCGUGGCGGACACCCCGCCCGAUGGGCAGUGCCCGCUCCAGCCCCUCCGCGGCGACCGCAGACACUACCUGCCGCUCUGGAACAACGAGGAUCCCUAUGGAGACGUGUGGGUGCGGGACAAGCCCCCGGUGCAGGUGGAUGUGGACGUCUCCAAACUGACUAAUCUUGGUCAUCUGGAAAUGACGUGGAGAAGCAGAGUGCAUUUCCCUCCACUUCUUGUGAGAAUCCUGCACAAAUCUAGACUAAGGUACUAUGGAAAACCAGAGAAAAAAAUGGAUAUGCCUUAUCAGGCUUACUUUGAAGUUGCCGAUGGUUCAGGAAUGAUGUCAAUGGUUUUGUGGAAUUCACUGUGUCCUGAAUGGUAUCACACUAUGAAAGUUGGCAGUGUCCUUCUGCUGGAAAAGUAUGCCAUCAAAACCAGUUUCCCGUUUAAAACACACCCAACCCCAGGCGAUUCACAGAUGAAGAAAUUUGCUACAAUUGAAAUUAGCCUUAAUGGUCGAGAUCCUCCUACUGAAAUAAGUAUUAUUCCAGAAGACAUGGUCAAGCCAGAGUGGGGAUUACCUGAAGUUAAAUAUCGGUUUAUCWCAAGGUCAGAACUGGAAGACUUACCAAACAAUCAUACCUGUGAUGUUAUUGGUCUUGUGACAUUUGUAGGAAGGGCUGAACGAGCCAGAAAAAGAGAGCAAGGUGAAGACUUCUGGCUCUAUCGUUGGGCACAUGCCAUUGAUGGGACCUCAGAYCAACCAUUCAUACUGGAAUUAUUUGCAACUUCUCAACCAGAUGUGUUUGAGCGUAUUCACCCAAUGACAUACUUGGUGUGUACACAAAUGAGAGUGAUCCGGAACCUCACUGAAAAUCCUUCCCGGACAAUUUACCUUACGACUUCAAAUGAAAGUCAAAUAUUUAUCACAGGGUGGCACAAGGGCCAGCCAUACGCCAAGGAUGACAAAGUGAAAAACUUCAUUCAGUGGACGAAAUCACAAAGUGAAUCUGAUCAAAUAAAGAAAACUGUCAUCGGUGGCUAUUACCCUUUUCCACGACCUCCUGAGAGCUUUUUGAAAUAUUGUAAAAACAAUGAAGCUGAAUCAGUUUUGAAACCCAUAGGUGAAAUAGGGAAAGAGAUUGAAGACCUGCACUACAGAGAGCACAAGCAAAUUGCUGUUCAGGGGAUAAUUAGUGCCAUAAGAUACAAAAGCUGGAGCAAUGCAGCUGAAGAAGCCUCAGGAGGGGAACUUCUCCAGAAAGAUAAUUCUCAGUCUCUUGGGAGUUCUUCUGUAUCCAAAGAAGACUGCGUUGACAAGGAAAGUUCUGUGUCCAAAGAAAACUGUGUUGACAAGGGAAAAAAUGAAGACGUUAAGUCUUUUCUGGGGCUACCCUGCACUCUUGGGGAACAUCAGCGCCAAGCUCAGCGGUCAAAGGGGAGUUCAGUCAARAGGAAGACACGGCGCAGAUUCAGUAGAGAUGCAGAACAGGGAAGUGCAUCUAUURGUCCUGUAUCGUCUUGCCCCUAUUUUACACGGACUGUAAGAAGAAAACUUGGCUUGAAUGAAUAUGAGCAUGGACAUUCUGUGCAAGAUGAAAAUGGACAGUCUGUGUCAGACAGUUUGCAGUACUGCACAGACCAAGAAGGAGUGAGUGAUACACCUGAAACUGAAGAGACUGGAAGAACUUGUGAUUCCUGGCAGAGUGAUCUGUGGGCACAAGUGAAAGACAAGUUAAUUAAUUAUUUGCAUCACAGCAAAAUUUUCCCAGAAAGCAUCCCAUGUAAAUUUGACUAUGUUCACAAAGACUUUCUGUUGCAACAGUACAACCUUCUUGCAGCAGUGCACCAGCCAAUAGAAGCCAGGACAGCUAAAAACAUCAGUGAGUUUAAAAGAGCUCAUGGCCUUGGGUAUUAUGAAGUGACAGUUCUGGGUGUUAACCAUGACAUAGCAAUAGAUGUUGCUUUUCUUCCACUGUUUUGCCCCGACAAUCCCCACUUAUUUCAGCUAGAAGACAUUCAGAAUGAUACAUUAUUGUCUUGUAUGAGUUGCAUCUCUGCAUGUCAGCAGAAGGCCACUAGCAGUGAGAAGCUUCAUGACACAUUUCCUCUUUCAGAUGAAAUUSUAAAAGCAGCAAAGGACCUUGAUGGCAAACAUGUUGUCUGCAUCUUGGACAUCUGUCACUUGGGUGAUGAUAAGGUGGAAGUCUUUCUGAGCAAAAUCUACAAGACAAUGGAACCGGGUGUGCUGGAUCCAGUGUAACUUAAUAACUUAUUUUCAAAUAUAUAUUGUUCAAAAGAAGGGAAGUAAAACUGCUGUAACUUGAAUACACCCACUACACAAUGCACUUUUCUAGAACUAGCAGACACAAAUAUAAAGUCAUGAUUGUUGGGACAGUUGUAAUGGUCAUCCCGGUAACUGGGAAGGACAAUUGUUGCCUUUAUUUUUCGAUCUUGAAACAGUUUAGACAAUGUCCAGGGCACUUAUGUUGAAGGGAGCAAUAGGCAGUACAGUGAGCUGAUCAUUUGCCAGCUUUACCAAGGAGUUAAAGUGGUUGUCAGCUGUCUUUCUUUGCCUGUGCACAUACAUACACAAGAAAUGUAUAUAUAUGGGUGAGAACUGAGAAGAGAGGCAAGCCUUUGUAAUAUUUAAGGCAGUGUUUGCUAAAGAAUUAACUGUCUGUAACAUAAAUUUAGGCUGGAAAUGGGAAUAAUUUUGAGGAUUAGAAUUUUUAUGUUCUGUAAUGGUCUUUUUUAAUGAAAKCUACCAAAAGCAGCCUAACUGCUCUUUAGCCUUGAAGCUUACUGUGAAAGGGAUUAAAUACCAUGGUGCCUUUAGAUCCAGGAAUCCCCUUUCUUUUCACCUGAGCAAAAUCAGAUGCUGUGUUUUUUAUAUGUCUGCUUUUGUACAUAGGAUGUUAGGUAGUGAGUAUAGCAUCCAAACAUUUUUAACUAUUCAUUAUUAAGAGUAAUGAAAUAUUUUUUAAAAUAAUUCUUUUUUAUUGGAACUUCCUUCUAGCUUUGCAAGAGAAAUCUGUCUUUAAGAAGUGCUAAUUAUGGCAGGAUACACAGCUUGUCACACCAUUUUUAGGUGUAUUCUGAGUACAUGAAGGAGUUCAGCAACUAUGAGAAGCUGCUACUUCCACAACAGCAAAAGACUGGAGAAUUCUGCCAACUUCUUGCCUGUACUAAGAAGCAACUGRCUCCUGCUGGUUCAGAGCCAUGCAGCACAUUUUUCUCCCAUGUUAAAUAGCUUCAGAUCAUUUAAAGAACUGGAUUCUUACAAAAUUAUUUUCAAGCAGGAGCUCACUGCAAUUUGACUGCUUGUCUAUUUGAAAUGCUCUCAAUUCAAUUCUUUGAGAAGAAAGAAUUACGGAGACUUGCCAGGUAAAUUGUACCAUUAUUGACCAAAGCCCCCAGAGUUAAUUUAUAGGAACAGAUAUAUUCUUAGGCACAUUUUAGCAGCAUAUUGAUAAUYGGAGAUUAUCUCUUUCAAAUAGUAGUCUGCCCUGGGGACAGUGGACUUUGUUCUCAAGUACUUAAAGUCUGUGCCCUACCUUCAGUUAAUGGUAAAUUGACAGAGAAAUGUAACUGAUUUUGUUACUUASAAGUUCACAGGUGACUUCAGAUAAAAGGUGAUGAAAUUAAUAAAAUUAUUGUGUCUUUCUAGUGUAGUUUACAGUUUUAAAAUAUAUUAAGAAAAAUAGUUUAACUUAAAUUGCACAAGGACUGAGAAUAAAUUGUGACUGUAUUGUAUCUGUCUAUUUUAUAUGAACCAGAAGUAUUAGUUCUGGAGCAAUGUUUGUCAACUCGUGCCUUUCAGAGUACCCACAGAAGGAAAUUUGAAAAUGUACCGACCCAAGAAGAGCGGGGUGUUGCUUGCAGUGUUACUUUUGUCAUUGUGCUGCUAGUGGGUAUGUGAAGGUGAGAGGCCAUUGCUCUGCAGAGAGACUCACACGGCCCUUCAUGUUCCAGACUGAGCCAUGCUGACUGUGUCAGCAGUGUUUUUUAUUUACAUAUACUUCAGAUCGAAGUCUAAUUUUAUUGAAAGCAUUUUUCCUUUAAGCAAUUUUUAAAGGAAUUAUCUUUGUACAAAGGACAGAUGUGGCUGGCAUUGCCACAGAGCCACCUUGUUGAGAUAGUUCAGCCAUCUCACUCCAUCCCAUGCCAUAGAAAUGCAGCAAAGGCUGUUUGUGGCAUUGCACUGCUUAGUACACUUUAAACAUAUAGCAUUAAUCAUUUCAUCCUGUGUGUUAGGGAUUUCCUAACUCUAAAAGAAAUGUCAGAAUUAUGUGUAAUGUAGAUAAUGUCUUUAAAACAUUAAAGGAUAUAAUUUUAUUUUUUACAAAUGUUUGAAAUUUUUCAUGGCAAAAGCUGGCAAGGAGAGAGAUUUAUUCUUGCAGAAUGGGGUGCCAAUGGUGGAAGCACAGGCUUUCUGUGUGUAGCUGGAGAAUAUCCAUUGCCUACUGAAUUUUAUUUUCAUUCCUGACUUGGAAUUUUAUUGCUCUGAAUCAAUGUGUAGAGUUACCAUCCUGUGAAGUAACACUGAACUUAAUACAUGGAGUUCAGUGGCMGAAGUGCUGCAGUGUUACUGUGAUUCCACCACUCUGCCUGUCUCCCUYCUUGCCAUUCCAGCACUGUCCACCAUUGCAGCAGAGGUCGUCUCUGCAAAGAAAGCACUUGCUUUUUU